AUGACGGCCGAUGCCAUCUCCGGGUCCGGGCCCGCAUCCGGCUCGCUCGCAGCGAAGCCUCUCCGGCUGCUGGUCCUCGAGGCCGACACGCCGCAGCCCAACACCAAUGCAAAGUACGGCGGCUAUCGAGGCGUCUUCACGGCGCUGUUGACGGCGGGCGCAAAGGCCCUGGAUCCGCCGCGGCCGCUCGCCGACCUGGCCUCCAUCACGGCGCUCAACAUUGUCGAGGACACGCAGUCGUAUCCGCCGCUGGACGAGGUUGAUGCCAUCUUGAUCACCGGCUCGCGCCACACGGCGUUUGACAACGACCCCUGGAUCCUGAAGCUGGUGGAGUAUGCAAAGCAGGCCAUCGACUCCGGCCGCAUCAGAGUCGUGGGCGUGUGCUUCGGCCACCAGAUCAUUGGCAGGGCCAUGGGCGCGCCUGUCGGCAAGAGUGAUAAGGGCUGGGAGAUUGCCGUCACCGACGUCGACUUGACCGACAAGGGCAAGGCCAUUUUCCAGCUCGACAAAAUGCGCAUUCACCAGAUGCAUCGUGAUGUCGUUCUAGAAUUCCCCAAGGAUGCCAUUCCUCUGGGCGGCAACCAAAUAUGCCCCGUCCAGGCAAUGUAUAGCCCUGGUCGGUACAUUACCGUUCAAGGCCACCCAGAAUUCACCGCAGAAAUCGUUGGUGAGAUUGUCACCAACCGACAUAAAGCUGGCAUCUUUACGGACGAUGUAUAUACCGACGCCCUCAGUCGCCUGUCCAAUGAGCACGACGGCGUUGCAAUUGCAAAAGCCUUCCUCAACUUCAUGAGGCAUGGUUAAGUACAAGCAUAGAGCGACAGCACAGUUUUGCAGGAGCUAGUUUGGUACUAUACCCAGCUUCAUAUCCAAUCCAAUUCAUAGCUGGGGCCGGGGUCGGCGAUAAUAUGUACAUAUAUGUAAGGAUACUUUUUAGCGCAUGAUUUAUUUGUUCUAGAUG